AUGGACGUGCAGCUUAUUAACUGGGUACGACAGUUAUUGCCUUGCUUGUAUCUGGAAACUAACGUGACCCUUUUGCAUUCGUACACGCUCCUUGCAUUCUUACUUAAUUACCUACUCAUCUACCUACCAUUGCACCUACACACCUACGCUUUCACACAGACGCGCGUGGACGUACAGCUCAUUGACUGGGCCAGGCGGUCGUUACCACAGGAAUGCGUUGCAUUGGCAAGGCAAACGUUUAUGGAUCGGUUUGAUGAGUGUGUGCGAGGGGACGGCAAGAGCUCGUUGAAGGACAGCCCAGACAUCUUCGUUGCACUGAAGGAGAAGAUCGUAUCGGAUUCCAUGCAGAAGCAUGCGUGGCACCGGGAUGUGAGCGACAACCUCAGGGUUAUCCAGACCAAUUCAUUGGAGGAUGAUGAGAUCACUGACGCGGGUCAGUGGUACUUAGCUGUGGACUUCAUGCAGAACAAACUGCAGCGCGAAGCCACUGCCUUCAGCUCCAAGAUGCGCGAGUACUUUGGCCCUGGGUGGACGGAGCGCUGGUUCUACUGGACCUCGGGUACUUCUGAACAGGCAAUCCAUGCGAGCAUUGCCUCUGAACUCGGCGCUUUCUUUAAGCCUGAGCGAGACGGCGCCAUUCCCAAAGCGAAGUUACACCACGAUAGCAUCAUCACCGUCAGGAACAACAUCCUGCAGAACACGGGCGAACACGUGUCUGACGCACAGAUAAUUGAUGUGUACAACAAACUCUACACUGGAGAGUUCUUAAGCCGAAGCGUCCAGUCCGCCUCGUACUGCAAAAGUAAGUACUCGUCGAACUCGCGCGAUGCACCGAAUGGCCUGAAGUGCAAGGAUGUGGUUAUGUUCUGGCGAGUGCAGGAGAUGCUGCAUGUGACAGCCAAGACACUGAGGCAGCAGAUCAUGUACCACCAAGCCAAAUUAGAAGCCGAAGUUAAGCAGCAUCUCGAUGUUCUUUCCGAAAGCGAAGCGUCAAAGAAGGAACUGAUCUCUAGUGAACGUGUGGAAUUGGCACAGCAGAUAGAAGUCCGCAGACAUCUGUUACAAUCACUCGAUGGCUUCAUUCAGACCAUCUCUAUCAAGGCCAACGCGACAUAGGGGUAGAGACGCAGCAAAAUGCUUGCGUGGAUACACACGUACCACUGCAAUUUAGGUGCAUGCGUGCGUGUUGCAAGACGGUAAAUACUUAGUUAGAUAUACAUACACAUACUUAGCUUGAAGCCCGUGUGCAGGCAUCCUCUUCACAUGGUAUAAUGACACAAGUCAUAUCACUUGCAAUGACUUCACCUCGUAUCCAGAAGCCUGUGCGAAAGAUUUAGUGGACGACUCUAUCUUCCACCUACAACGACGAUACGCAGGGUUCUCCAAUACAAUACAGCUUCCAAUUUCUCGAGACCAAUUGUAUUCGUGCAGAAUGCUCGCUCUGUUAUGUAUGCCGUACUUGCCGUUUGUGAGACAUAGGUACGAAUUAUACCCUUACAGCAAUCAGCGACGCAGUAUGAGGCUACGAGUAGACUUCAUGGAGCCGGUAUUCGAUUUUCGGAGAUGCCAAAAACUCAAGCCCCAAUGCGAGUGUGCGUCGUGGAAGUUUGAUGCGCAGAUCGAUGCCUGCUUAAAAUUCGGAUGCAUUUCGGUGUUUGCUUGAAGGGGCCGCAGACAUUCGCCUUGAUGGAAUCGCCAAUCAGUUCAGUGUCUGGAGAAUGUAUAGGUUUACACUGGCUGUGCGAGAUAGCAACACGGAGGUCGCCGACGAAAUGUUCAAGCAUCUGCACGGGGUAGACACGGAGCAGGAUGAUGAAAUAUGUCUAUGGGCGUAUAUGAUUAGCGGUUUCGAAGUAAUAUACGGCCAGAAAGAAUUAAAUGUCCAC